UGCGGCAAGGCCUUCGGCGCCCGCGCCCAGUACGCGCGGCACCGGCGCAGCUUCCAUGGUGGUGCCGGCGGCAACACCGGCACCGGCGCGGCGGAGAAGCCGUACCGGUGCGGGGACUGCGGGAAGAGCUUCUCGUGGAGCUCCCACUGGGAGAGGCACCAGCGGAUCCACACCGGGGAGAGGCCGUACCAGUGCGGGGACUGCGGCAAGCGCUUCGGCCGCACCUCCCACCUGUACCGGCACCAGCGGACCCACGCCGGCGGCCAGCCCCACGUGUGCGCCGAGUGCGGCAAGAGCUUCAACAGCACCCUGCACUUCCACAAGCACCAGAGGGCCCACGCCGGGCCCCGGCACGGCUGCGCCGACUGCGGGAAGGCGUUCGCCGACGGCUCGGCGCUGGCCAAGCACCGGCGGGUCCACGGUGGUGGAGGAGGGGCGGAGAAGCCCUUCCCUUGCCCGCGGUGCGGGAGGAGGUUCGGGGGCACCUCCCACCUGCAGCGGCACCUGCGGAGCCACGGCGAGGAGGAGGCCGGGCCCGUGGGCUGAGCGGCGGCGGCGGCGCCGCCGA